AUGUCAGAAUUUAACCUCGGCGAAUUUAUGGUGGAACCAACCAUAGAAAAUUUUAAUAGCCUGCGUAAAGAUAACCUAGUUACGCUAGCCAAGCAUUUAGGGCUAGAAGUAAGAAGUACCUUCAGAAAACGCGAAGUAUACGAUUUAAUCAAGGAACAUUUUGUUAAAGAAAAAACAUUCGAACAGUCUGUUUUCAUGGAACAAAGUAUAAAUACAGUAGAAAGUACACAGAUUAGUGAAGAUAGUGAAAUAAGCGAGAAAGACAGACAGUGGCAGAGAGAGCAUGAGAAAGUUUUGUGGGAAAGAGAACGAGAGAAACGCGAGUGGGAAAGAGAAAGAAUAGAGAAAGAAAGAGAGUUUAGAUUGAGGGAACAGGAAUUAGAGUUAAGAAAAUUGGAAUUAGAGGUUCAGGCAAAAGGGCAAAAUCUUAGAGUUAAUUCGGGUCAAAAAUUUGACGUGACCAAGCAUGUCCGAAUGGUUCCACCCUUCCAGGAACGGGAAGUAGACCAAUAUUUCCUACAUUUCGAAAAAAUUGCCACAAAUUGUGAGUGGCCAAAAGACAGCUGGACGAUGCUGUUACAAAGUGUAUUAGUUGGUAAAGCUCGUGAAAUUUUUUCGCAACUUUCAGUAGAAUUAUCAGCUAAUUAUGAUACGGUAAAGGAACUUAUCCUUAAUGGCUACGAGUUGGUCCCAGAGGCAUACCGCCAAAAAUUUCGAAACUUUGAAAAAACUGACCACAAAACAUAUGUCCAAUUCGCCCAAGUAAAAGAACAGUUGUUUGACCGAUGGUGCUUAUCUGAGAAAAUCAAUAAAGAAUACAAAAAUUUGCGGGAACUGAUUUUAAUUGAGGAAUUCAAACGUUGCGUUAACCCCGAAGUCCGCACAUUUAUAAAUGAACAAAAACCUGACAGUUUCAUUGCAGCGGCCCGUUUGGCAGACGAUUUCGCGUUGACUCACAAGACCACAUUUGAAAAGAAGUCACAACCAAAUAAUUUUGACAACAGACACACACCGGCCAGAAAAUAUCUGCACGAUAACCGGGGAAAAUAUGACCCCAGAGCAUCACGCGACACGACUAAUCUAAGUUGGCGACGACCGCCACAAAAUUUCCAGCCGAAUAAAACGUCGGAAUUUCCGAACAAACGAAAUAAUUUUCCUUUCAGUACCAUCACUUGUGGCUAUUGUAAGCGUAAAGGACACACGAUGUCAGAUUGCUACAGAAAUCCACAAAAUCAAACAAAACGAACCGGCAUUGUUUCAACACCGGAUAACAACACAACAUCUGUUUUUGAUAGUAAUAAUGCUAGUGAUACUCAAGAGGAUUUGAUAGAGGUCAAAGCCAAUGCUGACCCUAUAAUGAAAGUAUUUGAACCAUUUGUAAAUGCGGCUAGUGUUUCACUUUUGAACAAUCCAACACAACGUAUUCCAGUUCAAGUAUUACGCGAUACUGGAGCGUCUCAAUCUUUAAUACUGACAAACACAUUGCCAUUUUCUGCGGAAUCAUAUUCCGGAAACAAGAUUUAGUCUCCGGAGAUGUUUCGAUAGGUAUCAUCGAUACAUUGCCUUUCGAUGGAAUACAAUUGUUAUUAGGCAACGAUCUUGCGGGUGAAAAAGUGACAGUCAAUCCAAUAGUGACAAACAAACCAUGCUCAACAUCAAUUUCCGACGUCAUUGAACAAGAAAUUCCAAAUUUAUAUCCAUCGUGUGCGGUCACAAGAGCAAUGGUAAAACAACAAGAAUUAGAGAAUAAUAAAAGAGAUGACCUUGAUUCAUCCUAUGAUUUGUCCGAUACUUUUCUUACACAGUUAUUUGAUAGUGGCCCUAAAACAACACAGAUUACGAAAAACGAUGCGAUAGACACAAAAAGCUUGUCAACAUCUAAUCUCAUUCACGAGCAAAAUAAUGAUCCCGAAAUAGCUAUUCUAAUUCAACAAGCUUUCGAUGAAAAAGAAAUUUCAGACCAGGCAAUGGGAUACUUUAUCAAAAACGAUAUUUUAAUGCGGAAAUGGCGACCACCUGAUGUUAGUGUUGAUGAUGAAUGGUCAGUUCGAUACCAAAUUGUUAUCCCAAAACCUUACCGUGAAGAAGUCUUACGUUUAGCACACGAAACACCCCUUUCAGGACAUCUGGGAAUAAACAAAACCUAUGAGAAAAUCAUACGACAUUUUUAUUGGCCUGGAGUUCGAAAAACCGUGGCAGAAUUCUGUAAAACAUGCCACACUUGUCAAGUAGUCGGCAAACCAAAUCAAGUUAUCCCAAAAGCACCGCUAAAACCAAUUCCGGCUUUUGAAGAACCAUUUAUUUAG